CGUUUUGUUUUGAUUUUGUUGUCGAGGUUAGGUUGUGAUUAGUGAGAAGUUGAGUUUAAUUUUUAAUCUUUGGCAUUCAACUUACUAUUACUGGAAUUGGCAAGGAAUAGGAAUUAUACCACUUUGAAAGUAUAAGACAGAUUUGGUGUUUUGGAAAGUCAUACAGGCGUUUUCUCGGACUGUUAUCGAAAAUUUGACCGGUGAGACAUCACCAAAGGACUACCAUUGACUGGUUUAUAAACUAACACCUUCUCAAUGAAUACUCCGUCGGAUAAUCAAGGCUUCGGAUCUGAUGUCAAGGAGGCCGUUGCGUCUCUCAUCACAGAAAAUGUAGACCCCAGCAAACGGAGCCAAUUAGAAAUCAAUCUCCAACAUCGAACGCAACUACUGAAUUCCAAGCCGAAAAAAUUGACAAAACGAAAAACAGUCAAAAAGAAGACGCUAACGCGAAAGCAGCACGCUGACAUGGGACUGUUUCAUCUGCCAACGAAAACUCUGAAAUACGCCGAUCUGUUGCCGUUACACGAAUUGUGGAAAGGUUAUAUGAGGAAGCAUUUGCCAUUGAACAGUGGAGGCAUUCCACCGACGGUGGAGGAACCUAAUUACGACAGUUUUAGUAAAAUUUUGGUUAAAUCCGAUUUUCACGGGGCUAUUGUGACUGUUACGAGAUCUCGAUGUCCUAGUUUAGUUGGCGUCAAUGGAAUCGUGGCAAUGGACACAAAGAAUACGUUCAAAGUGCUUGGGAAGGACAAUAAACUGAGAACCAUACCAAAAUCGGAUUCAAUUUUCACAAUCUUCAUAAACAAUUUGGAAUUAACAAUAUUCGGCAAGCAUUUGACUAUACGACCAGCUGAACGAUCCGUUAAAAAGAUAAAAAACUUUAUGGAGCCAGAUUUAUAAUUUACAAAUAAACUGAUAAACCGUUAA